UCUCGAGCCAUUUGUGACAUCAAGAUCAGGAUCAAAGCAGAACUGGUCAAAAGAAGAAGAAGAAGAAAACGUAAAAGAAAACAAACCCGCCGCCGCGCCGGGCGCCGGGCCGUCAUGUUCACGCCGCCCCGCACGGCCGCCCUGCGGUGCUUCGCCCGCACGUACAGGUGGCCAAGGAGGGGAUGCAGGAGCCGUCAGUGCCUCUACUACUGGACCAGCCUGUGGCCAUGGGAAGCUGGCAGCAGGCCACAGGAGGGGGCCGCCACACACCCAGAGGCCUUGACCACAGAGGCAAGAGGUGACAUGACCAGUACCUCAUAUCACAACACUCUCAGAAGCUCCAUACCAAGAAGGGAGGUUAUAUAUAUUCCACAAGCCUUUACUUUCAGCUGGUUGCAAGGAAUCACCCCACACACAGAGACCUUGAAGAGAAAAGUGAUAACCAGCCUGCCUAGUAGCACAUCAUGCCACAAAGCUCUGGGACAUACAGGAGGGGAUGUCUGGGGAAGUACCGUAGCAAGAAGGAAUGUUUUCAUGUACAUACCACAGUCCUUCCCACCACGAAGCUGUUUUGGCCACAUGAGGAGUGCCUGCCGGGAGAUGAGUACUUCCGGGGACGUAAGGAAGAGAUACAAAUACAUCACAAAGAGCAAACUUAGCAUAGAGGACCUGCUCUAUAAUCUGACUAGGACUUAUUCUACCGGACACCCGCUGAGGAGAAAAAAGGAGGACGGAGAUGAGGAUAAAAUAGUUAGGAAGAAAGAAGGGAAAGUAGAUGAAGAGCCAGCAGGAACAGAACACAAACUAGCCUCAGACUCACCAGGUAUCAGCAAACCACCACCACCAGCCUCACAACCACCACCAAGACAAUCACCACCACCACCAGCCUCAGCUUCACCAGACACAAGCAAGCCACCACCUGACACAAGCCCACCAGCCUCCUCACCAGACACAACCAUAACCUCAGACAUCAAGCCAGUCGUCGAGAGCGAGCUGCUGCCGUCCCGUGUCCUGCGGUACAUUGUGAGGCGGUACUCCAUGUAUCUGCAGCGCUUCCAGGACUCCCUCAGGAACGAGAUGCCGGACACCUUCAAAAUGUUCAGCAUCUUUACCGUCGGCUUGAAGGAGUUUAUUAUUGACUUCAAAGAUUUGGUGACAAUCCUGAUUCAGCUGAGUCUGCCGGGCUUCACCCUCGCCUCCCUGAGCCGCCGGGAGCUGGAGGUGUACUACCACAUGCCCGGCGAGAUGGUGCGCGUCUUCCCCAUCAUCCUCCUCUCCUCCCUCCCCUUCGGACAGAAUGUCGCCUUCCCCAUCGGGUACUGGUUCCCCCGCCACCUGCUGUCCCACCACUUCUGGGACAUUCAGCAGCGGCACGAGUUUGGCGUGCUGAGUCUCAAGAGAAGGCUGUUCAAUGCCAGGCCGGUGUUCAGGUCCCUGCAGGCAGCCAUCCUCACCCUGAAUGAUGAGGACAAAGAGAAAUGCCGGAAUGUUUUCUUCAAGCUUGGCUCCGGGAUCCACCCCAAUGUGGAGGAAAUCCUGGCCCUCAUCCCACUCUUCCAACGAGAACCAUUCCACAUACACAAGAUUGGCUCAACACAUGUGAAUGCACUGUUGCGGCUCCAUGGGCGGUCAGCGUUGCCGUUGCGGCGGCGGCGGCUGAAGGACCACGCCCAUAUCCUCCACUGCAUGGAUGCGGCCAUCUCCAGAGAGGGUGUGGACUCCCUCACACAUGACAACCUCAAAAACACCCUAAUUUUCCGUGGCCUCAACCCAACCAAUAUGAGCUCGGUCGCAAUGCUGGAGUACCUGCAGAACUGGCUCAGCGUCUCCCGGGAAGUUGAUGCCUCCUCCUACUCCCUGCUCCUGCAUCUCCCCAUCUUCCUUGCUUACAACCAGCCCUCAAACUUUCACCUCAUAUACUCAUGAUGCACCAGGAAGGGUCUUUUCGAGUGUAUACACCUUGGUCUUAAGAAAUUUUAGGGAAUUAGGUGUUAAUGUGUGGAAUGAUUCCUUGUCAUUACCGGCAAACACUGUGAUUUAUACAGUUUGGUCAUAAGACGUGUUUGCCUCACUUUCAUUCAUCUCAUGUUUCUCAAGACAUCAAAACCAUGGUAUCUCAGUUUUGCUGUACAGCUUAAAAGUGACAUGCCAUCAUUGCAGUGCUAAUCCCUUCCUAUAUUUGUGAUCACCAUGUACUACAUUGUAGUUUUUCUCAAUUUAUUCUUUUGUCAAGCUACACACAACAUUGCUUCUGGUCUUGUCUGAGGCUAGUAAUUCAUUGUUACAUUGUUAUUGUUGUUACUGAGUGUAAAUAUUAUUUCUCUGAAUCCA